AUGGUCCUCUCUUCUCCCGAGCCGUCCCCGCCCCCCGGCGUUCCACCCCCGCGCGCGGGGCCCACCAUCUGCGAGGCCCUCACCGACGAACUGAUCCCCUGCUCGCGCGAGCUGCGCCGCCACUCGACCGCGCGCUUCUGCCAGAGCCACGGGCGGGAGUACCGGGAGCUCACGCAGGCGUACAAGCUCGUCUCGAAGGAGGUCGAGGAGCUCAAGGAGCUCGCGCGGCUCCCGCGCGGGCGGGGCGUGGCCUCGCUCGCCACGGUCGCAGACGCGGAACGUGCGGCGCAGCGGAUGGACGCGUGGCGGAGCGCGAUCCGCCGCGAGAUCGAGGCGCGGCGGACGCAGCACCGGCGGUUCUUCCCGUCUUCUGAAGACAGGGGCCACCAGAAAUGGCUCGAGUCGCUCGAGGCGGACCUCGUCCGCGCCACCCAGAUGAUCACGCUUCUGCGUAAUCGGCGGGACGUGCUCGUGGCCCAGUCGGAAGAAGCGCUGCGGAGGAUCGAAGACAGGCGUCGUGCGCUGCAGAACUAUCGUACUCGCCGGGACACGCAGAUCGCCGCCGAAGCGCGGGACGUGCAGCGCAGGCGGAACGAGAUGCUCGAGCGCGCACAAAUCGUCGGUCGCCCGAGCCCGGCCCCACCGUCCUACGUGCCGUCCGCACCAAGAGUCAUCCCAAGCGCUCCCGUCUCUCCGGAGUACUGGCAAUGGCAGGCGUCAGCAGGUGCUCACGCUCCCAGACCCAACUACGGCGCAGCGGCGGACAUUGAGAACCAGAGGAGACAUUCAGAGGCUCCCGAAGACGACGGUCAGGGCUCGGCCUCGACCAUUGGCAUUAUACUUGGAGUGUUCAUGCUGGCAGUGUACUGGUGGAUCAAGGGGUAA